AAGUAGUAGCCCUAAAAUCGAGGAUGGAUUACCCAAACUCUCAACAAACCAACGAAUCAUGCUUCAGAAUCCAGAUUUUCGUUGACCCAAGUUAGCAACAAAGUCAACUUCCAGAUUUUCACGCCGUCUCUCUCCUUUUCUCUCUGACCAAAAUACUAUCGCUACUCACAGAGUCCCACACGAACUUCAUAUUCUCUCUCUAGUCUUUACCCAACGCUGCUGUUAACUUUGAAAGCCAGCGAAAUAACGGCAUAUUCCUUUCCUCUCUCCCAGACACUUUUAAACCUUAUUUAGAGAGAAAUCCUCAAUUUGGAAAAAACCAAGGCUUUAUUUUGUUCAUCUGCAUUUGCAAUUGCCGUAUGAAAUAAAACAACCCAUCUACUUUCUUCUUCAACUUGAAUCCUUCCCUUAAUCCAUAAAUUCAUAGCCUUUUCUCCCAAUUUUGACCCAAUCCCUUUUUUUUGAGCGAUGGUGGUGAAGUUAAUGAGCUGGAGACCAUGGCCGCCUCUUAUUUCGAGGAAAUUCCGCGUGAGGCUCAGCGUGAAGAGCCUCGAGUGCGGGGAUUUGGCGCAUGAGGAUAAUAAUGGUGAUCUCGCGGUGGAGAUCAGGUGGAAGGGGCACAAGAUUUCGCUGGGCUCCUUCAGGAGGAGUGUGAGGAGGAACUGUACUAGGGAGGAGAUGGUGAAGAGGGUCGAUGGCCCCAACGGCGCCGUUUUGGUGGAGUGGGAUGAAGAGUUCCACACCGUUUGCACCCUCACUGGGCAUAAGGAGAAUGUGUUUAAUCCUUGGGAAAUCAGCUUCAAUGUUUUGCACGGCCUGAGUCAAGGGAUGAAAAACAAAAUAUCAAUUGUGGGUUCAGCGUCCUUGAACCUUGCUGACUAUGCUUCCAAGACUGAGGAGAACGUUGAAGUGAAGCUUCCUUUAACUGUUUCUGGCAUUCUGGUUGAGAGUCAUCCAAUGCUCUGUUUAUCUUUCAGCUUGCUGGAGCUUUUAGACGUGCAGGAAGCAGCGGCUGUGGUGCAAAGCCCCGUAAAGUCUCUUCCGUCUCCUUCACCAUCCGGAGAAACUUGUGCUACGGAAAAAGACGAGGUUUCUGCUCUUAAAGCUAGUCUGAGGAAGGUAAAAAUAUUCACAGACUACGUUUCAACUCAUAGGGCUAAGAAGGCCUGCCGAGAGGAAGGGGGUAGUCAGGAAAUGAGCUCUGCAAAGAGUGAGGAGGGUGAAUAUGCUUACUCUUUGGAUUCAGAUUCACUUGAUGAAUAUGUGGAAGGAGAAUCUAACGAAGUAAAGGAGGAUACUUCUGUUAGGAAAUCAUUUAGCUAUGGUACAUUGGCUGUUGCCAACUAUGCAGGUUCUUCGUUUUAUUCUAGUGCUAGAAUCAAUAAUGAGGGUGAGGGUUGGGUUUACUACAGCAACAGACGUAAAUCAGAUGUUGGCUGCUCUAAUGUAGAGGAUCUUUCAUCAAAUAACUCUGAGCAAACGUCAUUUCAGAACUCUAAACGUAGUAUUUUGCCGUGGAGAAAGAGGAAACUUAGUUUCAGAUCUCCUAAAUCUAAAGGAGAGCCGUUACUUAAGAAGUCUUAUGCAGAAGAUGGUGGUGAUGAUAUAGACUUUGACCGCAGGCAGCUCAGUUCUGAUGAAGGAGCCUCUUUAGGGUGGUAUAGAACUGAUGAAGAGUCGAAUACAAAUCGGACAUCAGUUUCUGAGUUUGGCGAUGACAGUUUCGCUGUUGGCACAUGGGAGCAAAAAGAAAUAACAAGCCGGGAUGGUCAUUUGAAGAUCCAAACUGAGGUGUUCUUUGCUUCGAUAGAUCAAAGAAGCGAAAGGGCUGCAGGAGAAAGCGCGUGCACAGCACUAGUUGCUGUCAUUGCUGAUUGGUUGCACAACAGUAACAACCUCAUGCCGAUCAAGUCGCAGUUUGACUCUCUAAUCAGAGAUGGCUCGUUGGAAUGGAGAAACCUCUGUGAGAAGGAAACUUAUAGGGAGCGGUUCCCUGAUAAGCACUUUGAUCUGGAGACAGUCAUCGAAGCUCAAAUCCGUCGUCUUUGUUUAGUUCAUGAGAAGUCAUUCAUUGGGUUCUUCCACCCUGAGGAGGGGAAUUUCGAUUUUCUGCACGGUGCUAUGUCAUUUGAUAGUAUUUGGGAUGAAAUCACUGCCUCUUUGGAGAGCAAUGGCGACUCCCCUAUUUUCAUUGUCAGCUGGAAUGAUCACUUCUUCAUCCUCAAGGUUGACAGCGAUGCUUACUACAUCAUUGACACAUUAGGGGAGCGGCUGCAUGAGGGGUGUAACCAGGCAUACAUACUGAAAUUCGACGCGAACACUACCAUCUGUAAACUGCCAGGUACUAGUCAAUCAUCAGAAGAAAAACCUGAUGUGAAUGCACAACCAAUCAACUCUGAAGAAGGUACCCUAGUGACAGUUGACACGGAAGCAGUAGCGAUGUACGAGCAAGGACAGGAAGAAGAGGUCGUUUGUCAAGGUAAAGAGUCGUGCAAAGAAUACAUAAAGAGUUUCUUGGCAGCGAUCCCGAUCAGGGAAUUGCAGGAAGAUAUGAGGAAAGGUUUGUCCUUGUCGACACCUCUCCAUCACCGGCUGCAGAUAGAGUUUCACUUCACUCAGGCCAAGGAGCAGCCGGCAUCCUCGUUCCUCCAAUGGAUGUCGUGACUUGCUGCGCGACAGAAGAAGUUUGCUAGAAAACUGGUAAACUGUGAUUAUGGCUAACUUAAAUUUUCCUUUUAGAAGUAUAGUUUUGGGGGUGAAUUGGCAGCAAAAGAGCAUCCAUUUCAUCAUUUUUGUUUAAGGGGGUCAGUCCUUAAUCUUUUCUUUUUUCAGGUCUAGGAUGUAAAAGUGUAACCAUCUUUGCUAGGCAUCUUUUUUGUUUAUAAUUAAUGAUGUUUCUCCUUUCAAUUUUAUUAGAGAUACUUCCUGUAAAACAAGUGUUUCUGCUACUUAAUUUGGUUAAGCUAAUCUUAGCCUCUUCUUUUGUAGUAGUUCC